CCAACAAACACACACAAACAGAGACACCUGUGUACACACACACAGACAUGUACAUACACACACACAGAAACAUGUACACACACGCACAGAGACACAUGUACGCACACACACACACACACACACAUACAGACACAUGUAUACACACACAGGCACGUACAGACACGCAUACAGAAAUACACACGCACAGACACAUGUACAUACAUACACAGGGACAUGUACACACAGACACAUGUACAUACAUACACACAAAAACGUACACACACAUACAUGUACAUACACGCAGACACAUGUACAGAUACACACAUGUACAUACACACAGACACUUGUACAUGCAUACACAGACACACACAAACACACACACAUGUACACACACACACCCCUAUAAAUAGUUGCAGUACUUUGUUGUUCACUCACAGAGCCGGGUACUGCACUCUAGGGGGAGGCAGAGAGCACAGCACACACUCCUUCCUUUGCUUUCACUGCGCUCAGCUAUUGAGCAGUUUGACGACUCCCAGUGACAAUGACAGAUCCAGCCUGGGCUCCGAGCCUGCUCAGCAAGACGGCCCUGGGGAACACACUCGCUCCCACCAUAAUUUCCACUCACCAUUGGCGAGCAGGCGAGUGGAAAUUUCA